CGAUUUCGUGGACGAUGAAGGUCUGUAGGGAUAGGUGGGCGUUAAGAUGUGUGAGAAGGCUCUCUGAUAGGGGCAUUCUCGGGUUGACAUUAGAGAUGUCGAAGGAGAUAAGUUGAGGCAGAAGUCUCAACAUCGCUUUACACAUCCGACGUAGAUCAACGGCAGUGAGAUAUGUGAAUGAAUAGUUGAGUAUCCGGUCUUGACACUCUGAUAGCACCAUAUGUCGUAUAAACGACGGCACGUCUGGAUGAGCCAACAAAAAGGACUUGACGGCUUCGAGUGUUUUAUGGUCUGGGCAUACGACCACACUUUGGUAGAGAACAUGACGACAGGUCAACCGGAGGCGUCUGUUGACUGCACACAUGUUUUGCAUGGUGGUAUGCAAAGACAAGCAAUGUUUUUGUGACCUGUCUUCGUGAUUGCAUUCUUGGGCGAUUUCCGCCAAAAUCUCGUUGGGAAGAGAUAGUAGGGACAUCCGAGUCUAGUGUAUACCUACCGUU